GCCUCAGACCCCAGGUCUCUGGCCGUCCACUUCGAGUUCCGGCUCGCUCUGCAACUUGCGGCGCUGCGGCAGCCCGGGCGGGGGACGCAGCCUCCGAGGCUUCACCACAGUGCCGUCAUCACCUGCGAGGUUUGCUGGGACCGCUGCCUAGCAGUCGCCUCGCCACCAGUUCUGAGGAUCAAACACAAGAUUUGGGCAUGUUAGGCAAGCACUCCUGAUUAUUGCUUUUAUAACUUAACAGUUAAAGAUAUGGAGCCUGAAACUGAAGGGCCGCCACCACCAAUCCAAGUGACCCCUCUUCAGCAAAUGAUUGCCUCUUGUACUGGAGCUGUAUUGACAUCACUAAUGGUGACACCCCUGGAUGUUGUUAAAAUUCGACUCCAAGCCCAGAACAACCCAUUCCCCAAAGGAAAGUGUUUUUUAUACAGUAAUGGACUCAUGGAUCACAUGUGUAUCUGUGAAGAGGAAAGCAAGAAAGUGUGGUAUAAGAAGCCAGGAAACUUCCAUGGAUCAUUGGAUGCCUUUUUAAAAAUUCUUCGAAAUGAGGGCAUAAAAUCCCUGUGGAGCGGCCUCCCUCCCACACUAGUGAUGGCAAUUCCUGCCACAGUUGUUUAUUUUACCUGCUAUGAACAGUUAAGUGCUUUUCUGAAAGCCAAAUUAGGAGAAAAUGAAACCAGAAUACCAAUAGUUGCUGGGAUUGUCGCCAGAUUUGGAGCAGUAACAGUGAUAAGUCCAUUAGAAUUGAUCAGAACUAAGGUGCAGUCUAAGAAGUUUUCUUACAAGGAACUGUAUCAGUUUGUGAGCAAGAGAGUCUCUGAAGACGGCUGGGUCUCCCUUUGGAAGGGCUGGGCUCCUACUAUUCUCAGAGACGUGCCGUUCUCAGCAAUGUACUGGUAUAACUAUGAAAAUUUAAAGAAGUGGCUUUGUGAGAAGUCUGGUUUAUAUGAACCAACAUUUAUGAUCAACUUUACUUCAGGAGCAUUGUCUGGCUCUUUUGCAGCUGUUGCAACUUUACCAUUUGAUGUAGUAAAAACACAGAAACAGAUGCAACUGUGGACGAAUGAAUAUUGUAAAUUUCCUGCACCUUUGGAUAUAUCAACCUGGGCUAUAAUGAAGAACAUUGUUGCUGACAAAGGAUUUUCUGGGUUGUUUACAGGUCUAAUUCCUCGAUUAGUUAAAAUUGUUCCUGCUUGUGCCAUUAUGAUCAGUUCAUAUGAAUUAGGGAAGUCGUUCUUCCAGAAGCAAAAUGUUGAAAAUCGGUAAUUCUCAUGAUGGACUUUUGACUUGAAAUAACAACCAGAGCCAAAUAAGAUGCAAAUUUGUAGGCAAAAUGUUUUUUUUUUUUUGACAUUAUUAUCUUACAGUGUGACUUUAUCUGUCUUCCCUAUAAUUUAAAUGAAUAAUAAUUUCUAAUCCACCUCUAAAUCAUAACCCUAGUUUUGGUUUUUUGAAAUAUUAAAAACAUAAUCCAGAAACUGCUGCCUCUUAGUACUCUUGCCAAGAAACUUGCUCCUUUACGGGACAAGUUUUCUGAGCACAUAUCAUUACACACUUGCUUUUAAAUAAAUGCUAUAAAUGUUGGGCACAUCAGGACAUUUUGGAUUGUGUACUAAGCACUGCAAUGUAGAGAGCUAAGUGCAGCCUCACUGAGAUUCAAAUCAUAAGUGUCAGCAUUUCAGUAGAGAGUGGAAGAGCUGUCAUGUGUUCACAGACCCAGAAGGUGCCUCUUAACUUUCCUCAUUUCUGUUACUGCUUUAUGGUGUAGUGUAUUGGCGUUGUGUAGCAUAGACUUUCCCUAAUGAAAAGUGUAGCCACUGUAUCUGUGUAAACCAAAGUAUAAUCAUUUACAUGAUGUAAACGAUUGGCAUUUUUAGUGACUAAUAACGCUUACCUAAUAUUUCUGCUGAGGGUAUAUUUUCACUGGUGACAGUCAGUGUCUAUUUACUAAAUCUGGAUCUGCAGUACAUAGAGAACCUUGCUGUACUUAGACUAGUGAAAAGAACUAGUUUGGGGCCCAGGGAUGGGCUGCUUGUAACUAGCUUGUCUUCCAAGUGUCGUUGUUUCUAGAGUCCAUUAGGUCAGUUCUACAACUUUUUUUUACUACAAUCAAUAUGCCCUACUCUAAAAUUUUGACCAAAAUAUAAAAUGCUCCAAAAAUUUCAACUCUUCUAUUUGAUGUCCCAAAAUGCUGCUGCUACAAUCCCACAUCUUUCCUCAGGUGACAGCAUACAGAACACAGGCACAUAGGAACAGUUAAAUUGCCUUUAGGCUAUUUGUAUAAAUUGUAUAUGAAACACAUGGAAUAUAUUUAUCACUUUAGGUGGAAAUGAGGUUUUUAAAAAUUACAUGCAUUUAUUUGUUGUAUAUGUCUAUGUAUAUAUGAAGCUCAGAGGAAAUGUUGAGGAAUUAGUUCUCCUGUUCUACUGUAUGGGCUUUGGGAUUUGAACUCUGGUGGUCAAGCUUAGCAGCAAGUGCCUUUCCCAUUCUGAGCUCAGGAGUGAGAUUUUUAAAUAUGAUGGGAAUGCAGGGGUAGAACACUGUGACUUUGGAAUGUGUAACUCAGAGUCUGAUCUCCAGCACAAAAUGAUAAAUAAUUUAAUAAGUAAGUAAGAUAGCAAUGAAAGAAAUGCUAUUCUGUUUUACUUAUCUCUAUAAAGCAAAAAGCACUUUAUCACGUUCUAUGUGUAUUCUAUGAAAUGUGAAGUGUCCCCUCCCUACCACAACAAUAUAAUGUAUUUUGGAGACAGUGAUCUCUAGGGUUGGUAGGCGAACAAAUGUGUUUUGUAUCAUAGUGGAAAGUGUUUGUAUGUUUCAUCAGAAAUAAAUGAUAUGCAGUUUAUUGUACCAUGUUUUACAUUAUAAUCCUGUGUUGAUUUACAUUAAAAAUUUAAUAUAUCCAUGUAUGUAUUUCUGAUUUGUAAUAGUAAAAUUUUUAAAAUCCUGA